UUUUUUUUUUUUUUUUCUCUCGGGGGGCUGAAACUGACACACAAUGAGUCGGGAGGAACAACGGCCUGAGAAAACACGGCUUCUGUAAAUAAACACAACAACCAGGCGAGCCGAGGAACAUGGAGGAUCAGUGCACGGUACAGGUGAAACUGGAACUGGGCCACCGCGCUCAGCUGCGGAAGAAGGCCACAUCCGAAGGCUUCACACACGACUGGAUGGUGUUCGUGCGAGGGCCCGAGAACAGCGACAUCCAGCACUUUGUAGACAAAGUCAUCUUCCGCCUGCACGAGAGCUUCCCCAAGCCCAAGAGAGUGUGUAAGGAGCCUCCGUAUAAAGUAGAAGAGUCCGGAUACGCAGGAUUUCUAAUGCCUAUAGAGGUCUACUUUAAGAACAAGGAGGAGCCGAAAAAGGUUCUCUUUAACUACGACCUCUUCCUGAACCUGGAGGGCAACCCGCCUGUCAAUCACCUGCGCUGUGAGAAACUCACCUUCAACAACCCGACCCGAGACUUCCGCAAGAAACUGGUCAGAGCUGGAGGAAUCAUCGUGGUGCCCGAGGGGGCGGAGUUGGUGUCCAGGCCGAGUCCAGACUACCCCAUGCUUCCCACAAUCCCGCUCUCCGCCUUCUCCGACCCCAAGAAGAGCAAAAGCUCACAGGGGCCCAAGGAGCUCACUAAAGAUAACAGCGGCAUUUCUAAAGCCCCCAAACCACACAAACUGGCCAAGGAGCACCGCGAGCGUCCACGGAAAGACUCGGAGAGCAAGAGCUCCUCUAAGGGAGAUGCAGAGCGAGACGGUGGCAGCAGCAAAGGCAGCCGUGAACCUUCGUCUUUCUCCUCAUCCUCCUCUUCGAAGAAGCCCGAGAUCAAAGUAAAAGAAGAGAGCAAAGCUCCACCCAAAGCUGCUUUCAAAGAGCCCAAGCUGACGCUGAAGGAGCCCAAGAUGGAAGGAACGAGUCCUAAAGGAGGCGGUCCGGGUGGAGGAGGAGGUGGAGGAGGAGGAGGUGGUGGUGGUGGUGGUGGAGGAGGAGGAGGAGGAGGGGGAGGGACAGAGAGCAAAUCGGCGAGCAAGCGCCCUUCCAAUGCCGACUCGCCCAAAUCCAGCAUUAAGAAGCCCAAAAAGGGAGGUGGAGAAAGCCAGAAAAGUUCAGGGGGCGGGGUUUUUCCAGGCACCUCCCCUCGCGUCUCGUCGUCCUCUACCUCCUCCUCCAUGGCUCCAGCUACGGGUUUUGGUGAGAAGAAGAGCUCAAAGCAAAGAGGUUGCUGGAUCAAGAGCAAACCCGAGACCCCAGAGGUCAAAGAGCAGAAGAAGGCGCCCGAGUCGGACGAGUCGAACUCUGACGACGAGCUCUCGUCCAAGUCUGAGCAGUCGGCUCCCUCGAGUCCGUCGAACUCCAGCUCCAGUUCGGAGUCCAGCUCUGACUCUGAUUUCGAGCCGCAACAGAAACAAGGCCAAGGACCUCUGCGCUCCAUGGUGGAGGACAUGCAGUCCGAGGAGUCUGACGAAGACGACAGCAGCUCGGACGACGAGACGCCGGUGAAGAACAACCCCCCUAACCGUGACUCCAGGCUGAGUUUAGACAGCGAGAGUGACAGCAGCGACGGACCACACCGACCCGGCCGUGACCCGCCGCCCCCUGCGCCCAAACACACCUCCGCCUCCAAUAAUAACAAUAAUAAUAAGGUGACGGGGAGGAAAAGUCCCGACCCGUGUCUGAGGCAGGAGAAGGUUAUGAAGAAGGGCUACGACAAGGUAGGAAGGGCUUACACAGAGGAGUUGGUGGACCUCCAUCGCAGACUAAUGGCACUGAGAGAGCGAAAUGUCCUACAGCAGAUCGUGAACCUGAUCGAGGAAACGGGCCACUUCAACGUCACCAACACCACGUUCGACUUCGACCUGUUCUCGCUGGACGAGUCGACCGUGCGCAAACUGCAGAGCUACCUCGAGGCCACGGCCACGUGACAGGAAGCGGGGCGGGUCCGAGGCGGGGGCGGAGCUUGCCCUCAUUCUCCGCACCGGGCUUGAGGGUGGGCUCAAAGGCGCGGCUGGAGGUAAAAGGAAAAAAUUGAAAGAAAGGAAGAAAAGCGGCGGCGUGAACGGAAUCCACAGCGACGAGUCCUGAAGACGAAGAGACACUGAGAGAGAGAGAAGGAGGGAAGUCACGAUGGAGUCGGAGCGGCGCUUCCUGUCGACGUGGUGACGUCCUGAGCGCUGUGUGACGAAGAGCACGGCCGUCCUCUCGCUUUUCGGGUUUGCUCACGACGCAAACCACAGCCUGCUAAAGAGUGUGUGUAUGAAGUGUGCGUGUGUGUGUGUGUGUGUGUGUAUGAAGUGUGUGUGUGUGUGAGAACUGUGUGCGUCCUGUCCUUUUUUUCAUGCUUCCUUCUCUCCUCGUCCUCCAGCACUCGAGCGUUCGCCCUGAAAGUAGCCAUGCUCUCACACCCUGCUCUUUUUUAAUAUUUUUUUAUUUUUGUACAGAAGUAUUUUUGAUGGCGGGAGACAUGAACAAGACGUGAGAGAUGAGCGAAUGUACGUUUCUUUUGUCGCCUAGGGCUAGCGCUUAGUGCCUUUUACCACCGACCAGCCGACUGCCUGCGUUCAGGAGCAGUGUCGAAAGCUGUCAAAAGCGUCAUGUGGCCCUCGGUGUUGCUGACGAAGCGCGCACACACACACACACACACACACCCACGCAUCCUCCUUUCUCCACGCCUGACCCCUGCAAAACUAGUGUUUCCCUCCGACCGCGUCCUCUUUAAACCCGGAGCUCGGCGUCUCCCGGUUUUUCGCCAGUGAGUAUUAACGACUGUGUUUGCCAAGUAGGCCUUUUAGAGACUCCUUGAAUAUUGUACAUAGAUGUGUGCAAUGUGUGGAAGUAUUCGGGGAUCAUGUUAAAUUUUUUUUUUUUUUUUUUUUUUUUAAAAGGGGUUUUUGCGUCUCGUCACGUCUGGACCGUGUUUAAACGGAGAGAGAAAGAGAGAAAAAUCAGUGGGGAAAGACGUCCAGAGAGGCCGGGCUGUCCGUUAAACGACGUCUCGUGAUCGCGAGAUCAUAAAAGCCGAAGCUAAAUUUGGUUACCGAUUUAAUAAGUGAAGCUGAUCAGUGGGUGCCAAAAUUUUUUUUUCUUUUAUCUUAACGGCGAAAUUUACGACGUGACACAUUUUAACUCGCGAUCUAGCUCGGAGACGUCACGCGACGUCGGAGAGAAUCGGAACCGGGAAAAUGACUCGGCUAAUAGUCGACUAGUCUGAGGUCGUUGCUAUGGUUAUGUCUCGGAGGGCGGUCCUUCUUCGCUUCCUCGCUAUGCCGCUUUUGAUAGUAGCCUAUAGAUGCCGUAACGUCUAGCACCGGACGGUGCAAAGCGAAGCGUAAGGGCACUGCUCGUCGAUUCUUGUCGGCAUGGUUACGUUCCCACAUGGUCACACCUCAUCGCAUCAGAUUCGAGGUUUCGUGAUCUCAGACCCGACUAGCCAGUGAGAAACGAGUGUUUGUCCUCUGCGCAGUGGAAAGAAUUCACUAAUCGAUGUAGGUUAGCUGAGGCCGUGUCUCAAAUCGCACGCGGUUCACGCCUGAUUAUAAAAAUCUUUACGACGUGCGAAAGUAGAAGACCGUAUUUGCGCGUGACGUUUGUCGUUUGUUUCAACAGUUCAUCAUAGAGCGGGCGGACGGCCGGCGCUACGUUUCACGUUUCUCAUCUGCGGACAGGCCACGCCCUACACGAGCGCGACUAGUCACUUGCUAGCUUGAACGGAGGGUGUGGCUACAAGCCCCGCCCCUUUCGUACUGAUGGAUUUGUCCAUGUCUUUUACUGUACACCCGACGGUUUUGUCGACCCAAACACUGCCCAGUUGUCCUGUCGCGCACUAGCGUGUGAUUUGAUUGAGACACGUUACGCGCACAGUAGGAAGUAGUUACGUUAAGAGGAAGUGGUCAUGAUCUGAGGAUAACGAGACGCGCAGCCUCUCUGGACAUCUACAGCGAAGAGCGAGGAGACUUUCUUUCUUCCCCCCCCCCCCCCCCCCCCCCCCCUCUCACUGUGUCUCUCGUGUUUAUCUUCUUUAUUCUCCACGACCGGCGUUCAGCUUUCUGAUGCUAAUAGCUUAGAGAGGCUCAACACCCCCCCCCCCCCCCGACGCCCUUUCCUUAACCCUGCGUGUGCGCGAGUGUGUGUGUGAGAGAGAGAGAGUGAGCGCGUGUGUGUAUGGUUUCACGACUGACUGUUCCAUCACUAUAGAGUUUUUUUUUAUGAUUUAAAAACUCCAAUUGUGUGUGUGUGGGAUCUGAUAUCGGAUCUGAGCUGUCUCUGUGCGUGCGCGCGUGUGCAAAUCAUCCAGUCCUCUAUUGUGCAUGAACUUUUGACUCCCCCAAGCCCGGGUUCAUGAACUCUUUAACUUUUUGACCGGACGCUUUGAAUCAUAAAAUGGGACGGGUCAUGGGGGGAGGGGGAGGGGUGUGUGUGUGUGUGUGUGCAGAAGUGGGCGGGGCUACGUGGAGUCCGAUUGACGUCUCUGUGAGAAGUGACCCCCGAGACCAGUCAGCGUGUGUUUUUAUGUUAAAUAUUAGGUUAUAUUUUUUAAUUUGUAUACCUCUGCACUUUUUUUUCGGCUGUGGUGACUCGAGUACUUAAUUAUCUGAACUGUAUUUUUAAAGAAAAGUUUAUACGAUAUUUACAUGCAAUAUGCUUUUAAUUGUUUUUUUUUUGUUGUUGUUUUGUUUCUAUUACUUCACGUCGGCAUGUUCGUGACUGCAGGUUAGGCCCCGAGACUGUUAUUUUUUUUAUUAUUAUUAUUAUUAUUUUUAUUUUCAUUUCGGUUGGAAUUAUCUUCCUGCGGCGCCUCAGAAUCCACUACGAGCCUCGACGAGCAAAACCGUUCCCCCGGGUGACGGAGCGGACGCCGCCGCACUGUGCAGCACUCAUCCGUACGUACUUGUGUGAAUUAUGCUAAAAAGGAGCAUUAAACACUAAUCCUCUCGUUUCUUUUCAUUUCAUUUCUUCUUCUCCACGUUCACAUGGACUUUCCUCAAGGAAACCGGGAUCCGAACUCGCGAGCCUCCGCUGUCACUUCCCCAGUAUACAGUAAACGUACCGGACGUCACGUCAUCAAUCACCCUUUCACCGGUUGCUCCUUUCUCUCCGGACGCUCUCGCUCGGUGCGUCCUGGGAUAUCACUCGGAGACCGAGAGAGAGUUUUCUCGUGCCAGUCAGUGCUUCUCUGUUUGUGUUUUUGGGGAUUAAACAUGUUCGGACUAUGUUUGUUUGUUUGUUUUUGUUUUUUUGUUUUUUAAAGACCGCAUGGAACAAAGUCGCAGCUUUGUGGGGAAUUCAGUGCCACCGUGUGGUCAUUUAAUGCAAGUGGGACGCGCGAGGAUGAACCAUGUUACCUUUGUAAUGUUUUUAUCGCAUAAAAAAAAGGAAAAAAAAAAAGUCAUACGAUUUAAUAAACUCAUCGAGUCGUAUACUCGUUCAGUGUUUCCGCUCGUCCUGUUCACACACUCCCUCGUGUACGUGGUGGAUUUAAAGGUAUAAUAAAUACGUUUUCCGAGUGCAAA